GGCUUUGUUAACUAUAAAAUAUUUUUUGAAUUUACAUCAAUUGACCUGGAAAAAUGGAAGGAGAUGCAUUAACUCACGUUUAUCAACAACGGAAUGAGCAGCGGCCCAGUGACAUGUACCCUGCUUCUACCGAAAAUGAGGAACGCACUGUCAAGCAACGAAAGUACAGAUCUACUCGCCAAAAGGUUGUUGAAACUGGAGCUCUUGUUGCGUCUUGGAUUGUCAGGGGUAUGUAUUGUGAGGUCUCUGGGCCCACUUUGAUUGACCUAAAGCACAGAUUUAAAGCCGGGUAUGAGGAAUUAGCGGUGGCGCUGUCUGCAGGAGGUGCCGGGACGAUCCCAGGAUGUAUCUUGGGUGGCAUUCUUGUAGACAAGUUCGGUGCGUACUGUCAUUUGAUGAUUGCAGUCACUCUAGAUAUUGCAGCAAUUUGUGUGGUUUUGAUGCCAUGGGUUCCAGCGCUACUGUACCUCUGGACACUUUGUUUUAUAUCUGGUCUCGUUGAGACCAUUCACAACACAGCGGGUACUCGAAUAAAUCUUAACAUUUGGAAAGACAAGUCAGCUUCCCCAAUUAUAUUGAUGCAUCUUGGAUAUGGAAUUGGAUCAUUUUUAGCUCCAUUGUACUCAAAUCCCUUCCUAGGAGUUAAAAUAUACAAUACAUCGAUCACGAAUGAUACCUCCUACGGUAAUGUUACUAUCGAAGUUACAUCGAAUUAUUCUGAUUUCAAAGAGGAAAUGUCUUAUUUGGAAAAUUCGAGAGUUGAGUACGCUUUUGCUAUUUCUGGAAUUGCCGCAGCUUGUCUAUCAAUAGUUUUUUAUAUUUUACAAGUAGUGCAAAGCAAAGCCCUCAAACAAAUCCAGAAUGAGACAGCUUCAAAAAAAUCCAACGGUUUUAUUGAAAAUGACAAUACAAUUGAGGUAAAUGAAGAGAGCAAUAAAUCUUACCUAAAUGUUUUAAGAAAAUAUGACUGGCGUAAUAAAUUAAGGGGGCUGUUACAAAUGUUCAAUCCGGCUGCAUGUGCGAAAGGAAGAUUUUGGUACGGAUCAAGCAUAUUGUUUGUAGUAUUUUUUUACUUUGGGAACGCUGGAGGUGGACAAGGAUUUACUUCGAAGUUUAUUCGUUCCUUUUCCAUUGACCAGCUUCACUUCACAAAUACCGACGCAUCAUUAUUGAAUACAAGUUUUUGGAUCAGCUUUUCCGCCGGUCGCUUCAUUUUCUUUAUCAUAGCCAGAAUGAUGUCAGUGAAACUCCUUCUUCUCUUGGAGACGUCUACCCUUAUGGUCUUUGCGAUUUUUCUGGCAAUCUUUGGAUGUGACAACUCAACUGCAUUAUGGGUCCUUACUCAAGUUGUUGCAUUCUGUAUUGGUCCGCUUUGGCCAACUGGUAUUGCAUGGACUGACUACCAUAUUGAGCUUACUGGAAUGGCAAUGGCUCUUCAAAUGGUUGGCUGUGCAUUUGGCUACAUGCUCCAUAUGCGUUUAAUAGGAUAUUUGUAUGAUUCUUUUGGGCCACAUACGUACGUUUUACAUGUUGCUGGUAGUGCAAUUCUUGGUUUUAUUUUAGCCGUUGUCUUAGCGAUUAUUGGCGCAAAGCACGGGAAUAGGUUUGUCCCUGAAAACAUAUCUGACACGGAUGGAAGAAAUGACAUCGAUUUUUCAGAGGAGAAGGAAAACGAAAAAAGUUUUACAAAAACAGAUGUCACUAUGUUAUAGUUAUAAUUUUCUUUUGAAUAAGAUUAUAAUAAUCUUUUCGACUAUAUGUAUAUUUGUGUUUUUUAAACUGUAUGGGUGGUGGAAGACAUAAAUAGUAUUUACGUUUCGAAUUGGCCCAGCCUACAAAUGUAGGUGAGGUGUAUAAAGGUGAGCAUGCCCACUAGAGAAAUUCAGAAGGAUAAUGGUUAAUAAUUGUAGUAAUAUUGAUUAGCGUCAAUAAAUUACCUUGUAAACCAUAAUUAUCUACCUGA